AUGACCAGGAGGUGGAGACUCCAGGACACCAAGAGCAAAGAAGCCCAGGAUUUGAUACAUCAAUACCAGUUAGCUCAGGAUCCAGAGCAUCAAGAUCAGGAAGCCGAUAUCCGGCUCCUCAGUGCUCUGGGAUCGAGCAUCUGGCGCUUCAAGACGCUCAAGAGCAGUAUCCUGGCUCGAGUCACAUACACCGGAUUACAUAAGGAAGUCAAUGCCGAGUAUGCAAGAACAGUUUAUGUCAGGGAUCGCAUGUUGGAGGAGGAGGGGGGCGAUGUCCCUGCUGAUGUUGGAGGGUUGAAUAUCCAAAAUGGCGCCGGGCCUGCAACCUCCUUAUACCUUAAUCCCUCCACUCCUAAACCCAUCCCGGGCCCAAACCAAGCCCUCAUCCGCGUGCACGCCUUCGGCCUCAACCGCAUGGACCUCCUCCAACGCGAGGGCCGCUACCCGGCCCCUCCUCACGCCCCUUCCACUCUGGGCGUCGAGUUCAGCGGCAUCAUCGAGUCCCUCGGGCCCGACACUGAUUCCGAGCGGUUCAAGCCCGGCGACGCAGUCUUCGGGCUAACCUACGGCGGCGCCUACGCCGAAUACGUCGUUUGUUCCCUGCGCACGCUUCUGCGCAAGCCGGAGGGCUUGAGCCACGUACAGGCAGCUGCGCUGCCCGAGGUGUGGAUGACUGCGACGGGUGCGCUGGAAUUUGUGUUGCUGGCGCCGCCGCGGGCGGGGCAUGCUCUGGGGAGUACGUGGGAUGGGGACAGGCCCCUUAAAGGGAAGACGAUUCUCUGGCAUGCGGGCGCGUCGGCGGUGUCGAUUGCUGGUGCGCAGUUGGCGAAGUUGGCGGGGGCUGAGAAGGUGUUUGCGACGGCCGGAACGGAUGAGAAAUGCCGGUUUGUCGAGGAAGAGGUGGGCGUUGCGCGGGCGUUUAAUUAUCGGGCGGAGGACUGGGUGGCGGGGCUGUUAGAGGCUACUGGGGGAAAGGGCGUGGAUAUGAUCGUUGAUUUUGUGGGCGGUAGUUAUUUCCAGAAGAAUGUGGAUGUCGUGGCACGGGAUGGGAGGAUCUGUCUGUUGGGAUUGCUGGGAGGAGCGGUGACGCCAGCGCCGGUUGAUAUUGGGAAGUUGCUGUACAAGAGGGUUAGGAUCGAGGGGAGCACGUUGAGGAGCCGUGAUGAGGAGUACCAGGGCAAGCUGAGGGAUCGGUUGGAGGAAUAUUUGCCCAGAUUCCAGAGCGGAGAGCUCAAGAUCAUCAUCGACACGGUGUUGCCCUGGGAGGAUAUUGUGAAGGCGCAUCAGAGGCUGGAGAGCAAUGCGACAAAGGGGAAGAUCAUCUGCACCAUUGGUGAAUGA